UUAAGACGAAUAAAAUAAUGACCUUGGAUGGAUUAUAUGUCGAAAUGCUACAUUAUUAAUUAAAAUUAUAUACUUAUAUAAAUAACAGGAUAUAUAACAGUGAUUAUAUAGUUGAAAAUUUUAUUUAGAAGUUAUAAAAUAAUACAAUCUGAAAAUGUACAAGGCUACGUGGAAAGUUGAUGAAAACGAUGAAGCUGUGUUUAUUGAUGCUGAAGAAGAAACAAUCGAAGACAGUGACAAGUGUACCUAUAGUAGGUGGUCGUAUCUGCCAGAUCUAGUACUUGAAAAGGUGUUUUCAUAUUUGUCUAUGAGGGAACGUUAUUAUGCAUCAAUGGUGUGCAGAUCUUGGUACAGAGCAUUUCAUCUCCCAUAUGUUUGGUCAACUUUUGUUUUGGAUGAUUCCACUCUUACAAGGAGGAAAUUCAAUUAUUAUUAUGGUUGGCAGUAUGUAUUGGACCACAUGCGAACACAAAUGUGUAUUACAAAUGUUGGACGUAACUUCCGGCAACUUGUGUUCGGGCCCAUGAUGAAUUUUUUCAACCUCUAUGAGUUUAUGAAUAUGUUAUCAUACUUUGUUGAACGGCCUCAGGAAGAUCUAGGGAUUGGUACCCACAUCCGAACAUUGAGGUUCAUUUUUCCCUGUAAUAUGGCUGUACGAGAUGAGUCAGAACGAGCAAGGAUAUUUGGAACAGGAGGCCGAUUGCUUGAAGCACUGAAGAGGCUAAUGGGCAAUUUGGCAACAUUACGACAUCUUGAAUUGAUAGAUUUGAUGCUGGAGCCUCAUGAGGCUCAGCAUCUCUUGGAUGAAGUAUGUUCUCUGUGUUGCCUCACACUUCACACGCUCAUCAUAAUUAACACAACCAAGCUGCAUUACCAGCUGCUGCAUGCUGGAGUGUUUUUGAACUUGCAGGUAUUAAUGAUCAGCCCUCAGAACCUAGGCGAAGAUCUGGUGCAACUGCUGGGAUACACAAAUCUUCGUCAUUUACACAUAAUCCAGAACCGAUAUACACCAGGAGAAAUUAACAUGAGACCAAUACCUGGUCGAAUUUGGAGGCAGUGUAGACGUUUAAAUUCCCGUCUUGCAAUUCAUUUGGAAGUGGAGGGAGCCAGGGACAGGGAUGUUCUGUGGCAGGAUGGUGCCCCUGUGUACUCAAUACUAUAUGAUUCUCGUCAUAUCAAGAUGGCAUCUGAGUCGGUUCUUACAGCUAUUGAUCUGUACCGGCUUGAUCUUCAUGUUUAUGCCCACCGAGGACUUCCAAGGUUCUACAUGCCAAAAUCUUUCCAUGAACGGGUUGACUCCUUGCUUCUGCUAUUGUGUCGGCAGUGCCCUUACCUGCACACUCUGAUGAUAAGGGAGCGUAUUUCAACAGCGACUGUGCUGCUCUUGGCCCACACUGCACGCAACCUGCAUUAUCUAUUUGUACGUCGCAAUGGGGUCAUAUUGCGAUGUGACUGGCCACAGAGUCCUGACUGGAGUUAUGAGUUCUACCAGUGGCUUCGCUCAUCAUCAAAAUCAUAUGAUGCUACAGAGAAAGAAGUGUCACAAAUAUUAGGCUAUACUUGGUUCAUGCUGUCAGAUCAACAGUUUAAACUAACACGUAUAAAUCUUCAUUAUGAACCUUUCUGAAAGGUUCCUAAUGUGUGUGUUCCCAAAAAUGUCAACUCCACCUGCAAGAUAAAAGUAUGAUUUGACUGAUCUUGCAGAAUCUAAUCUCAGUCUCUCUAACCCUUCGAUUGCCAAGCCUCUGCCAUAAAACUACCUGCUAUAAAUGACAAGGCUGCUUGGAGGUAAUGCAGUUGCAUGGAAAAACGUGAAGUACUUAAUCAAAUGACCUGCAAAUAACAGCAGGUGUAAGUCAUGUGAAAGCCUGUUGUUUCCUCCAGACAUCAGUAGUCACACUUCAGGCCAUCUAUUGACAGAAAUCUAUACUGAUUGAUUAACAAUGACUCAGUCUCUUCACUUGUGGCAAUUUUAAUUGUAACCCAAGUUUAUUUGGUAUCCGAAGGGUUAAACAGAAAAUAAAGUGUGAAAAGUGCUUUAGUAAACAUGUUAUGCCUAUUGAUGUGGUGUACCUCGCGUAAAAUUAGACUUCCUUUCUGGUAUAAAAUAGUAAAUACUAAUAAAUAUAUUUUUUUUGUACAUUGUGCUUUUACAAGUUUUUGUAAAUGAUGCUUUUAUGUUAUAGUUUUUAUAACUUUAGAAAAUUUAAUGUAAAUAAUGAAAAAUCAUUUAAAUAAUUCUCAGGUACAGAGUUUCAACAAUUUGCAUUGUUUAUUGGAGUCAUAGGCUGAUUUCUCAAUUUAUUCUGUUAAGCAUUUGCUGUGCAUAAGGUUUCUUUGCUUUAUGAUCAAAUCAUUUCCAUAGCAGGAAAAGUUCUAGCGGAAGUUUCACACUCUGUUUUUAUAUUCCUUGACUUAAAGUGUGAUACAAGCGUACCAUUUUUUCUUAAAUUUUAAAUAAAUAUUGUGAAUCUGUGCAGAAAGUAUAUAUUUAAACAUUAUUCAUUACUGAAGUAUAGUUCAAGACAAUAUGUCUGCUCAUAGGAUCUACAUAGUGAUGAUAAUCCUGUGCAAAAGAAGUUAUUUUUUCAUCUUUUUCUGUAUCACAAUGUAAUUUUGCUAUGGCACUGGUUCCUGUCUUUAUACAAAAUUUCAGUGUUUUCAAAGAAGAGCUGGAACACCAAAUUAAAAGGAAACAGUACUAUGUAUUAUGGUUAACCCUUUAACCUUUGUCAUUCAUGUGUUACAUUAUGUCGAGGUGUGCAUGAAUCCAGCAGGCCCAGUGUCACUGUUUAUUAUAUAUAAAUCCCAUUACCACCAAGUUAAAAUCGGCUCCAAGCACCAUACCAGCAGAUUUAUAUCUUGAUUUCUGGAUGAUAAAGGUUGAUGGACAAAGUCUGUGUGGAAUUUAAAAGUUCAAUUCCUACCUCUAAUAAAACAUGCCAAGACUCGGUUACCUAGAUUAAUUCAGUGAACUACAUUUAGGAAAGCAAUCACUGUUUUCUCUGAGAACCAAACAAAGCCCAGAAAUGCACUCUGAAAGCAAAAUUUCAGUUCGUUGUAAGCAGGUGAUAUAAACAGUUACAAAUGUGGUAUAAAGAGUUGAAGGAAGAAUUCUCAUAUUUGUCCAUCCAGUUCCACACAUUCCAGGAUCCUGAUCUGUACUUCUUGUGACAUGGUACUGUGAUGGUGUCAUAUUAUGUGAGACAUUUUAAAAUUCAUAGCUAUUUUUUAUACCUGUAUUUAUUCAAAGACACGAUCAUGACGAAUAUGAGGUGGGUAAUAACAAGAUCUACAAUUAUAAUUUAAAAUUUGAGACAACUUUUGCAAGUCAUGUAGGUCCACAUCUGUGAUCAUGAGUGCUCACAAACUUCUAGUGAUCUUGGUUUCAGAGUUAGGAAUUGAAAUCCUUGUAGGUCACAAACAAGUGCGAGACACUAUACUUCUACUGACGUAUACUAUUAAUUAUAGGCAAUGAAUUUCUGUAUAUGUUUGUGUGUGUACAGAACUUUUACCUGGUCUGUGAUCUGCAUGGUUAUGAUAAGUCUGCAUGAACCCCAAACCAUAUGAAAAUACAUGGUCAUACAUCUUUUGUACUUCAUUGGCUCAAAGUGACAGCUCAAAUAUCACAGAUUAGAAUUAAUUUACAUCAUUAACUGAAACGUUCUCACUUAUAGUAAUUUUUAUGCAUAUAUGCUGAUUACUUAUGCUUAGGCAAGCUGUGUUUAUUCGUGCAAUUUAAUAAGAGUUCAUUGUCAUGAUAGGAAAUUUAUGAAAUCUUCUAUAAAUGAAGACUGUAGAUUCUGUGGUUUCAGUGAUAAUCAGAAUAUUUGACACUCGUAAUUAUACAGAACUGCCCAGUUACAUUUCUCAGUUGUUUCCCUAAGUUUCCAUGUGUGUAUAAAGAUAAUUUUAAAAUGUCCAGAAAUAUUGAAAAUGUUUCCUGAAUGUUGUUGAUUGUGAGUUAAAUUAUGUCUGUUAUGUUUUGGAGGCUCACUCUGUCUCCAUAUUCAGGCAAAAAUAGAUAAGGGAGAGGAAAUACCUAUUUAGUCAAGGCUGUUAAAGAGAAAUUUCUUGCAUACUUUGUACAGAAUAUAUUCAUUUAUAGUUAGAGAAUAAAUCUAUAAAUCAGUGCAUGAUAUUUCAGUUUUCUUGGUCUGUGUUUAGGAUUUGAGGUUCUCAGUAUCUUCUGGGAUGUAACGCCAUGUAGUCCGUUAAUUUCAACAGACUGAGAACCUCAAAUCCUACAUAAUGUUCCUCUAUGGGGAGAAUACUCAUUGAGACAUUCAAUGAUUCAAGAAGUUAUGGAUCAAAAGGCCAAGACACCUUUGUUCCCUUCCUUCUCAGGUGCAGGUUAACUUUCAAUGGACUGCCUAGCAUUAUAUACCAGAAGAUAAUUCUUCAUAUUCUCUCUUGUUUCAUGACCAAUGGACAGUAGAUUCUAAGCACAUAUAGUUUACUUCGGUGGCUUUAUGUUAUACUGUAAUGUCGCUUCCAAGUAUUAUCCUCCCAUGUGAUCUUUUCAGGGGUUUUCAUUAUCCACCCAAGAGACUGGGGGGUUUCCCCACUAUUAUCAUUCACAGUUAUCGCUCUCACGAAGUUUUCCACCAACCUUAUUUAUUAUGACAUGUUUUACAAGUAUUAUCCUCCCAAAAGACCUCUUCCCAAGGUCUCCAAACCAAACUUCUGUAUACAUCUCACAGAUUUCUAUGUCAUUUCCAUCAGAGUUUGAAUUUAAUUGUAUCAAGUGAGAAGAAAAUGUGGGGCUCCUCACUGUGUACCUUUCUCAUUCACCCGUUUCAUCUGUAUUAGGCCAAAACAUUCAUGUUACCGUUUUUUCUCAACUACACCAGAUUUCUAUAGAAAUAACUUUGAUGCACAUCAUUCUGUGUAUCCUCUUGCACUGCAAUUUUGGAGUCCAUGAAAAUGAAGUGAUAGGGGAAAUUACAUAAUGAGGAGCUUCAUAAUUUUUACUCCUUACACAACAGGAAAUUUCCAGAUCAGUUGAGCAACUAUCAAAUUUACAUGAAGUUUUCACAGAGACUGUAUGCAAUGAAGUCAACUCAGGCAAUCAGUUAUAUCACUAUGGCAUUAGUAUUCAACACUGUGGAGACUGUCUCCAUCUAUGUCAUCAGGGGUUGAUGUGAUGAGUGUCACAUCCACUCACUGUGUUUAUACCAUGAAGUGCUCUUGGUAAGUUAGGUAGGGAAGACAUUUUCAAAUCAACAAUUGAGAAUGAGAGUUUGCACAAAAUUAGUAAUGAUGACUGCCUCCAUGGUCUAGUUGUCACAGUUCCUGGCUAUAGAUCCAGAGGUUCAAGUUAGAUGCCUGGUGCUAUCAGAUUUUGGGAGUCGUGGGUCUGGAACUGGGUCCACUCAGCCUCGUGAGGCUAAAUGAGGAGCCAUUUCAAGGAAAUAGAGGCUCCAGUCUAGAAAACCGAAAUUAACGGCCGUGGGGAUUCGUUGUGCUGACCAUGCAACAUCCUCUAUCCAUGAAAUUUGGCAGCAACUUUGUCGACAGGUGGUGGUCACUCGUCGGUAUAGUUCGCUUGCAGACUAAAACCACAGAGUUUGUUUCGUUUUAAUGAAGUCAGAAUAGUAAAAGUUCAAUGUUCCCAUAACAUGACAUAAUAAUUAUAACAUAAUGACUAAUCUGUGGUUAAGUUUGUUUAGCUUGUUGGUGUCUUCUGUGAAGAAGGUAUU